GGGGAAUUUGCGAGGCAUUGCUGUCAAGAUGGUGUCGCUGCUGCCGCGCAUUGAGCGGCUUUCGUCGCGGGUGGUGCGGGUGCUGGGCUGCAACCCGGGGCCCAUGACUCUGCAGGGCACGAACACCUACCUGGUGGGCACCGGGGCCAGAAGAGUCCUUAUUGACACUGGAGAGCCAGCUACUCCUGAAUAUAUUGGCUGUUUAAAGCAGGCACUGUCCGAGUUCAACAUCUCAAUCCAAGAAAUUUUAGUGACACACUGGCAUCGUGAUCAUACUGGUGGAAUACCUGAUAUCUGCAAAAACUUCCCUAAUGACUCUGAAUAUCGCAUCAGUAAGCUUCCUCGUGUCCCUGACCAUGAAGAAAUAAUAGAAGGAGGACAUAAAUACUUUUAUCUCAAAGAAGGAGAUGUGAUACAGACAGAGGGAGCCACACUCAGAGUUUUAUAUACACCUGGACACACUGAUGAUCAUAUGUCUUUACAUCUAGAAGAAGAAAAUGCUGUAUUUACUGGUGACUGUAUUUUAGGGGAAGGAACAACAGUAAUUGAAGACCUCUAUGAUUACAUGAAAACUUUGAAAAGGUUGUUACAAAUGAAACUAGAUUUAAUAUAUCCAGAGCUACAUCUCAGGAUUUUUUCUGACUUUGUUUCAUCUUCUUCAACUUGUCAUUGUCAUGGCCCAGUAGUACGUGAUGCAAAUGCUAGAAUCCAAGGCUACAUUUCUCACCGAAUGGCACGUGAACAGCAAAUUCUAAAUGUUUUCCAGAAGAAUGCUGGAAAAUCAUAUACAUCCUCGGAGCUUGUAAAGAUAGUGUACAAGGAGAUCCCUGAGAAUUUACUUCUAGCAGCAGAAAAUAACCUCCUUGUCCACUUGAGGAAGUUGGAAAAAGAAGGAAAAGUGUUACAUGAGACAUCUCCCAACUUCAGAUGGAGAAACAACUUAUAAGUUACGCAAGAUUGCUCAAGAAUAUUUUUAAUCAGCACAGUUGGCUGCAGGAAAAAUAUCAUGAUGAGCUCAGACGAUACGUAAAAUAAAAACUAAUUCUUUUUUUUUAAAGUGGCAAUACAAUUUUAAAGCAAUGUUACAGUCAGUUAACUAAUGAUUUUCAUAUUCUACUUUAGGGGAAUUUUAAAAAUAACCUGAUAGGUACCAAGUUAAUAAAAUGGAAUGCAUGUGAAGAACUGAAUGUUACCUCUGUUAUAAAAUACUUAGCUUUAUCAUUGGUGGCAGAAGACAAAUAGCGAGGUCUUACAAGCUUAAUAUUGCAAUAUCAUAAAACAAUAUUAUAAAUUUAAUAAAUCAGAUAUAUAAAAAAAUCUCUAGAAAAAAUAAUAGGAAAAAUGUUAUUCUAAACCUGUUUUCAUUUGCUUGUGCUUUUCAAAAACUGAUUUUCUAGUAAGUUAUCUGUACAUUCGAAAAACCACAUUAUUUUUGUUAACAGAUGUAAAUACUGGGGUUUAUACACCUUUUCUGACUUAGCUGCCUGUGCACGUCUUCGCUAGUUGCUCACUGCAGUAGGUUUUAACAAAGGCUGAAAGCAGUUCCAGACUUCUCUGUUUUCUGGUGGAAACACCAUUUCUAUGGAAUUCGUUCAAAGGAUUCAUUAAUUUUAACUAAUCGAUGUCAAAAAAUGCACAGAGUUGAAGCAGACUCUUAAAUUCUUUAUAAGAUUCUGCAAGAAUGUGAUCAAAAAGCUGUAUAAAUUGAAAUAUAUGUUAUGUACCAUAUGAAGUUAAGAUUGUCUAUCACUUUAUAACUAACAAGCUUCAAGUUUUGCUGUUAAAUCAAUUUAAACUACAAAUAUUUUAACUAAAGGUUGUAUUUGGUGGUAAGAUACUCUAUAGUGUGUCAAAGUGCAAUGUUUCAAGAUUAAACUGCAAGUUCAGUUCUCAGUAUAGCUUAAACUUACAGAAUAACAUAUAAAUAUUUGCAUUACUUUGUGUAUUCAAAGUAUAUGAAGUUUUUAUGAUUUAUGCACUCCUUUUAAUGCUGGCUCAACCUUAAAAAAAAAAAUCAGAUAUCAGAUAUUUCAAAGUACCAAAGACAAAUAUAUGUUCUUGAAAAUCCUUGGAAACCUUUCACCGUUCAAUCCUGUACCUUCAUUUGCAAAACAUGCACAUGUUUGGGUAUUUCAGGCAUGUCUUACUAAUUACUGUUAUUUUAUGAAGUUGAUGGCAUUUGUUCUGAUCAGCUGAGCCAAAUCCAGUACAAAAAUACUCCCAGGAACAGGAAUCCAAAAAUGAAAUCAUAUUCUGAAGUAGUAACCAGACCCCUGAACAGGGGAAAUAAUAACUUUCUGCUCUAUGAAAUGAUGCUGCGUGCAGACUUCAUUGAUCUGAUAUUUGGCCACUCUUGCUCACUUUUAACUUCCUCCGCAGUGUCAUUUUGGGGUGUUUUUCAGGUCUCCUAGUUUUUCUUACUUUUAUAUUUUCUGUUUAUUUGCAUUUUUCCAUUUCAGCCACUUUUUUUCCCUCCUCCCACAAACUUUAUUUUUUUCAAUUCCUUUUGGAUUGUUUCUGUCUUCAUAAUUACUCAGCAGCUUUCACAUGGACUUCUUGCUAUUAGUAAUUACUGUUUUCCUGUAGCUAUUUCAUGAAUUUAUAGUUACCUUUUCCGUUGUUAGGACUUAAAAGGCAAUUAUCACUGUUUUCUUUUUUUAAAACUUAAUUCAUAUGCUCCAAACGAUGUCAUUUUGCUCAGGAAAACAGAAAGAUCAGAGAAAUGGCAUAGUUCUCUGUCAUGAGGUCUGAGAACCUAAGCCAGCAGGAAACUGGUAUGAAGAAGUGAUGUCUCAUUACCUUUCUGAGCUAAAGAAAAAAUCUGCUGGCAGGCAAAAUGUCACAUUUUCUUCUGUUUUACUAUACUUUUUUUUUUUUUAAACACACAGAAAUGGCUUUAGAAAUCAGUUAAAGUAGUGCUGGAACUUGCAGGCAGCGAAGAAAGCAAGAAGGUACAAAUCAGAGAAUUCAAUGUUCUUGUGCUGUGCUGCAGCAAACACCUGACAUUCUCAAAAAAUGAGGGAAAUUGCAGUUUAACCAGACUUGUCAUUAAUGAUUGUGUAUGGUGUCUCUGAAAUAUUAAAAGCAGAGAUUGCACUGUUACUAAGAUGUAUAUACAUUAAAGGAUACUUGUAUCAGCUAUGA